CCAUUAAAAAAAAAAAAAUGGAAAACAGCCAAGAUGAACAACACGCGUUUAGCGAUGAAGGCGAUGAUCUUUGUCUCGUUCGAUAACAACAUUAGCUCUUUCUACACCAAAAUCCAAUUGCCCAAACCCUGGCGAAAAAAGUUCAAUCUGUGAAUUAACGAGUAGUUUGGUCGGAAACAUGUCUUCGACGUUCAGCGGCGAUGAAACUGCUCCGUUUUUCGGCUUCCUUGGCGCCGCCGCCGCUCUCGUCUUCUCCUGUAUGGGAGCAGCUUAUGGGACAGCAAAGAGUGGUGUUGGUGUGGCAUCAAUGGGGGUGAUGAGGCCAGAGUUGGUGAUGAAGUCGAUUGUACCAGUGGUUAUGGCUGGUGUUUUGGGUAUUUAUGGUUUGAUUAUUGCUGUAAUUAUAAGCACCGGAAUUAACCCUAAAGCUAAAUCUUAUUUCCUUUUUGAUGGGUAUGCCCAUCUCUCUUCUGGCCUCGCGUGUGGCCUUGCUGGGCUUGCUGCUGGAAUGGCUAUUGGGAUUGUGGGAGAUGCGGGUGUUAGGGCUAAUGCACAGCAGCCAAAGCUAUUUGUUGGGAUGAUCCUUAUUCUCAUUUUUGCUGAAGCUUUGGCGCUCUAUGGUCUUAUUGUUGGAAUCAUUCUGUCUUCACGAGCUGGCCAGUCGAGAGCUGACUGAGGAAGCAAACUGUGAGUUAAAUUUAAUCCCCAAAAUACAUAUUAUGCCCAGUUAAGUCCCGGGCGUUGGGAGAAUCUUCUGGCUGUGUUAAAUUUUUUAUUAAUCAUAUUGUACUGCAAUUAUUGGUCACUUUUCAAUUUAUAUAUAUUUAUUUAUGUUCACUUCCCACUGAUUAUUCCUAUUAUUUGUAGAAUUACAUUUGUUUUCUGCUGAAUAAGAACUUUACAAGCUCUAUAUUUUGGAGAACUCGAAUUCUUGGGGUACAUUGAAAUAAUAAAUUGAAGAUUUCCACCACUUUUUGAUUCAAAAUUUGUGAUAGAAAUGUGGUCUUGUAGUUGAUUGGUUAUUUACUGGAAGAUUGUGUGUUCUUGCGAAGGCAAACUUGAUAAAACUUGCAAUUCCAUUAGUGAGUGGUAAUAAUUCUCAUAUGAUGAUGAUCAUCGUGAUAAUUCUAAUUCCAUUUGUUAGUGCUUGUUUUCUCAUGCUAAAACAAUAUUCGAUGA